AUGUUUGUUCCCUUGCCGGUGCCGUUAGUGUUUCAGAGAUCCGCUCCUGACUUCAGCGCCUGGCGACUCAAGUCUCCGCUGCCUCUGCGCUCCGGUAACUCCGAUAUCAGGAUGUCUAAAUCCAUAGAGGAUGACAAGAUGGGUACUGAGCUUCCAAUGGACAGUACAGACUCUGAGAGGAACAGUCCUGAAGCCAGCGAUCAGACCCUGCCAAUGAAAACAAGUCCUUUCUGUCUGUCUCCUGCCCCCAGCAACAUAAAGUUGAAAGCAGAGGAAGCUGCUGAGAUGGCUAGUGUUCACGCCCCUCCACCUCCUCCGGCUCAGCCUCCUCUAUCACACACACAACUUAUGCUGGCAGGCAGUCAGCUUGCUGGGCUGGCAGCUCUCCUCCCUGCACAGCAGCAGCUGUUGCUGCAGCAGGCUCAGGCGCAGCUAUUAGCUGCAGCGGUGCAGCAGUCCAACGCUGCGCAUGCCGCCCAUGCAGCUGCGGCAGCCAAUCAGCAGCAUCAGACGCAACAGCAGCAGGCCAAUCAGGCAGCAGCACAAGCCCAGAAUCAAGCCAAACCUGAGCAAACCCCAUCUCCACUUGCCCUAUCACAGCCUAUCCAGCUAACUGCCCAGGACAUUCAGCAGUUUUUGCAGCUACAGCAGUUGGUACUAAUGCCAGGUCAUCAUCUACAGUCUCCUGCUCAGUUCCUGCUGCCCCAAGCCCAGACUCAGCAUGGCCAGCAAGGUUUGCUUUCAACACAAAAUUUGAUUCCACUACCUCAGCAAAGCCCAGGGAGUCUCCUGACCACCCCACCUAGACUGGGGCUCCAAGCACAGCAUCAUCCUGAUGACAGGCUGUGGUCAUUACAGAGGGAGAAGAGUGUGGAGAGCGCCGUGAGCUCCGCCCCCUCCUCAGCCCCGCCCAUGAGCUCCAUUUCCUCCGUGACCCCACAUGCAGAGGAGCCCAGUGAUUUAGAGGAGCUCGAACAGUUUGCACGAACCUUCAAACAAAGAAGAAUUAAACUGGGUUUCACACAGGGGGAUGUUGGAAUGGCGAUGGGUAAACUAUACGGCAAUGACUUCAGUCAGACCACCAUCUCACGCUUCGAGGCUCUCAACCUCAGCUUCAAGAACAUGUGCAAGCUGAAACCUUUGCUGGAGAAAUGGCUGAGUGAUGCAGAAACCAUGGCAAUAGACAGCAUGCUGCCGAGCCCCAGUUCACUGUCCUCACCUCUGCUGGGCUUUGAAGGGUUGCCCGGACGCCGCCGGAAGAAACGCACCAGCAUUGAGACCAACGUCCGCAUAGCCCUGGAGCGCAACUUUAUCAUGAACCAGAAGCCUACCUCUGAAGAAAUCCUACUGAUGGCCGAGCAGCUCAACAUGGAGAAAGAGGUCAUCCGCGUCUGGUUCUGCAACCGACGGCAGAAAGAGAAACGUAUAAACCCAUCUAGUGCCACCCCUCCCCUGCCCACUCAAGCCCCUGUACAGAUGCACAAACCCCCAUGCUAUAGCCCGCACAUGAUGUCCAGUCAGGGAAUGGCCCAAGCAGUCACCAGUCUCAGCACAACAGCCGUUAGUCCCACACCUUCCGUGGCCUGCCCUCUUAACCUCAGUGGACAUGCAGCAAUGAGCUCCGCCCCUUCCUCUGUGACCCCGCCUCCUCUCAGCACAGUGAGCCCCACCCCACCCAAUCUCGGCAACCCUGGCUUGAACACAGGGAACACAAUGAUGGGUGUAAGCACAGGAUUGAACCAGGCCCUCCUUGGCAGUAACCCUCUGGCCACAAUGCAAGCCCUGGCUGCCAGUGGUGGCCAGAUGCCCAUUUCUGCUCUUGAGGGUAGCGGCCAAAUGUUCCUGGGUGGAGCUGGAGGUCCAGGAGCUGAACUUCGCCAAUCCCUCUUCUUAAACCGUCCCACUUUACUGGCCUUGGCAACAGGCGCAGGAAUGGGACUGGUCGGCACCCCCAGGGCUUCUCCGCCUCCUGGUGCGAGUGGCGUGAGCCCAGACUCAUGCUCCGUCUCCUCCUGCUCAAGUCCCGCCUCCUUCUGCUCAUUAGGCGAAGCCUCACCACCCCCUCUGGGUGGAGCUAUGGCUGAGUGAUGCCCACAACAACCUGCUGCACUUGAGGGGAGUCAGAGGGGCGGAAGGAACAAGUAAAACAAAAUUCGCCUUUUCAACCAAAGCCAUCUCUCACUCACUCCAUGUCUCUCUUUUGCUCUCUCUCUCUCUCUCUCUCUCUCUCUCUCUCAUUAAAUCUUUUAAUGCCAAAAAUACAGACAGAUAGAGGGAGAAAUGAGCAGGAGAGAAUAAGGAUGAGGAGAGAACAGGAGAAUGGGGACUGUUUAAACCAAAAAAUAUUUAUGUAUAAACGUGGAGAGGUGGCUUCAUGGAGCUACUUUGAGAAUGUACAUUUAUUCCUUUCUGAAUGGAAAAAGACAAACUUACAUUUAACAGAUGAAACUGAGGGCAGGGUUGAAAGCCAAAAAAAAAAAAAACCUUUACAGUGGAAAAAACUAAGAAAAUGGGUGGCAAAGAAUGGAACAAAGGAAGGACAUCUGACAAGUGUCACUGGACGGUGGAAAGAGAAACCAAAAAAUAAAUACAUGGAAGAAGAAUGGAGAGAUUCACAAAGACAAAAAAAAAAAAAAAAAAAAAGACAAAAAUGCCAAAAUCGCCAAAAACCAAAAUACCAAAACCAAAAAUCGGAGAGAAAAGCUUUACCUAAGACUUUUAAACCUGACUUGUCCAGGAUCAGAUUAACUCUACACAACACCAAAAACUUGCUCAUUUUAUUAUUUUCUUCACAUUAAUUUUCCAUGCACCCCUUAUCAUUUUGAUGGCCUAUAAUUUUUGUAAAAAAAAAAAAAAAAAACUAUUUGUAAAUGUCUUUCUCCAUCUACCUCUGCUAUUUAACUAGUUAGAUGUACUCAUUCUUUCUCAUUCCAUUAUUUCAUAAUAUUCAAAAAUAAUUUGGGUCAAAAUUGUUUAGAUCAAUACCACAACAAUUGAAGAAUUUGGAGGGAGGUUUGAAAAAACAAAAAUACCUCCACUUUCAUAUCUGCAUCUUAAUAGUAUUGCAUGAUUGUUCAACACGCAUAAACACAUGUACACUAAAACUACUGUGAUACACCUCCCUAAUUUUUCCCUUUCCGUGAUUUAUCAAUUCAUUUGUCCAUCCAUUCGAAACUCAUCCAUGCCUCAAACUUUGAGUCACUUUCUUGGAUACCAAAGCAUUUGUCUGACAUUUUGCGUCAGCUAAAAAGUGCUCAGACGACGAGACCUCAGAUGUGUCAAAAAAGCCAACCAACAUACACAAGAAGACAAAGAAAUUAAAAUGUAAAUGUAAAAGAAAAAAAUCGCCCUAAGCCCCAAAAUCCUUGCCUUCCAUCCUCUUUGGACCCCUCUCCUGUGCCUUGGAAAAAACCGGAAGGAUCAAAUGGAGGAAAGACGAGCAAAACCGAUGACAGGCUAGAGGAGCAGCGACCGAAGAGGAUCUGAGGAACAUGCAGGGGAAAUUCUACAACCAAGAUGCAGAGGGGAGCCUUUAAAUCGGGACAUGUGAUGUCACUGUUGUUGCUUUUUUAUUUUUUCAACACACGGAUUAAACCAAAAAUGAAACCAAACCAAAACCAAUGGACAACUAAACUUUGCUCAAUGGAAUGGGGAAAACAAUGAAACCAAAUACUUGGAGUGGACAUACAGGAGGUGGACAAGGAGGAUGUUUUUAGAAACUAGUCGAUCACAGACUGAUAUUGUUGUAUACGAAAAGGCAAAAUGUGGCUUUGACUGGGAGACCAUUCCUUCACCUCCUCUCUCCUUUCCGUUAAGUCGAUGCUUUCACUCUCCGUCCUGUACAGGAGAAUAUCUAUUAACCUCAUCGAACUGAACUUCAGAAUAUAUAAAUAUAUAUUUUUUGUUUUAUUGCUUUUUCUCUUGGUCUGUCUGUUUCUGCUGUAUGACCUUGUCUCUUUGCUUUAUAUUUUUGGGGUAAUGGGGUAAUGUAUUGCCUAUUUUCAUAUUUUGUGUGUUUUUGCAUCAUUUUAAAUGUGUUGUGUUUGGGAGUUUCCCUCAUCAGGCAGUUGGAAACAAUACUGUGAAAAUGUAGCUUCCAAGUUUUGCUCCGAUUGUGAAUGUUGUGAAACAAUAAGCCAAAACUGAAAAAAUACCCAAAGCGAAAACAUUUUUCGACUCACAAGAAAACCAAAUAGCAACCUAACCAAUGCACAAAGUGUAGAGAAGACUGCUGUAUUGGUGCUAGGUCUCUUUGAGAAGAGAUAGCUAACAAGGAGAGAACUGUGUGCAAAUGUUACUUAAGAAGACGUGUGUGUGAAUGAGUGUGAACAUGGAAGCUCAUCUCCAGCAUGGAAACCAAACCGAAAAAUGACCAGUAAGCCAACUUACCUUUCGUGUGUCAACAAAAUGGUUUUUGACUAUGUGAUCUUAGACACAUAGAAAAACACGGACGAAUAAACACCAAUUAAAAAUGUAGUGGAGGGGGGCUUGGGGUGGGUUUGGGGUUUAAAACCAACUGAAAAUCCAGUUGACAUUACACUUCUAGAGGGAAUGUACCUGUUAGUGCUUUGAUAGAUUUUGUAGGAAAAAAAAUCUAUGUUCAAUGCUUACUAUUGCUAAUGUGAAAAAAAAAAAAAAAAAAAGGCUGUGAUAAAAAUAG